GGCCCUUAUUCCUGAAGCUCUGGCUACUUCGCCAACCCUUAAGGCAGCGCUGAGAGAAGCGAAUAACAAGACGGACAGGAAGGAUGUUGCCAAGUUCAUGGAUAUUAUGGACCCUAGUAUGGACCGCAUGGAUACUGUCGUCCGUGGAGAGUGUAGACCCGAACCAGUCCAAGCAGGACAAUCAGCUCAUUGACGAGAUGCUGCAGUACAACAGUAAUCACCCGGAGAUCCAGGAUCUGGCUCUCUCUGAGGAUCAGAUGGGGGAUGGAGCCGUGGCUCCCAUGGGACCCUUCACAGAGACGGCCCCCAGCACCAUACUGACUCCCCCACACACGCUCGUACAGACACAGACACACACACCGCCGCUGCUCCAGCCGCAACCACAGCUGAUCACACAGACUCCAGCGCAGCCGCAGACGGUGAUGAUCGUGCCGGCCGCCACACCGUCACACCACUUCAUCCAGAGUCAGGUGCCGUCCACUGCUCCGGUCCACACCGCACCGCAGCAGACGCUGAUGAGCUGCAACACUCUGACCGCGGGGGCCGGGGCCGGGGCCGUAACCGCGGGAACUGGAGGAGCAGUGAAAGAGGGCAAGAGACGGAAGACACACAGCAUCAACGAGAAACGCUACCGAUCGUCCAUCAACGACAAAAUUCAGGAGCUGCGGGACCUACUGAACAUCGACCCCAAGGUGCCCAAGUCUGGUGUUCUGCAGAAAGCCAUCGAAUACAUCGAAUCCUCGCAGGUGAACCACAAACUCCAGCAGGAGAACCUGACGCUCGAGACGGCCAAUCAGAAUAACAGUACUUUUGGGAAUCUCGAGUUUAGCAAGAGGCUGCAGAAGAUCCUUGAAGAGUUCUUUGAUGAAGCGGAACUGCUUGCCUACGGUGAUGACGGUGAGCACGACGGUUCUGACAGCCAGGUGAUAACAUUACCUGCAGAGGAGGCGUUGCAAGAGGAUGUGGUGGGAACGGAAUCACGUCACGAACCAGACAACGUCACACGACCCUCCCACGGUCCAUCUUCGGAGGAAGGGACUCACACAUCGCUCGCAACCAAUCCCCCAGCUCCGGAGCUGAGUCCCCAGUGCACAGGAGGACAGGGUGUACAACGAAGGAGAUUACCCGAAGAAGACGAAGUGGAUGAUUCACCGAGCACCAGGCGUUUAAGGACUUCAGAGAAUAACGAACAAGACUACGAUGAGGAAGGAAAAACAGUGUGGUCCGGAUCACUGGUUCAUGCAUCGGAUCAGGUAUCCUUCAGCAAUCCAGAGAGUGAAUUACCGCUUGAAAUCCCUCAGGAACGGUUGCGUGAUCACAAUUUAAAUGGAAGGCUUGAUUAUGAUAUGUUGAGCCGUGGUAAUCGGCACUUUGAGAGACUUUUCAACUUGGCUGGACAACCACCAUCUUACCCUGAAGCAGAGGACAUUGUUGCUGGUGCACUAAGCAUGAGUAACAUCUCAGAGGAUGUACGAGAACAACGUGUGGAACAGAGAUUGGUGGCAAAUGCAUUGUUGUUAAUGGGUGAGCGAUUAAAUCUUAUUCAGAGAAUGUUAACGGAGUUGUACAGUCGUAUGAUGAGGAGACCGUAAUGUGGUGGUGUUUUCACGUUGCACACGUUUUGAGCGCGUAUCAAACUGAAACCACAGUCAAUUAAUCGAUGAUGAUAAGCGAAUUAAAAAACACAUUAUACAGACACUUCUUAUUUACAGAGGUGGAAAGUAACUAAUUACAGAUACUUUCGUUACAGUACUUGAGUAUAUUUUUUACAUUUUUUCUACUUUCGUAUAAUUAAACUGUGGUACUUUUUACUUAAGUAGAAUAAAACCGAAGUAUUCAUCAAGAGAAUUUACUUGGGAUGCACUGAAUUUUCGGCCGCCGAAAAUAUGCGCCGCACCGCAGUGUUAAGGUUUCACUCUCAUCACUGCGCCAUGUGACGAUCAAUAUUCCGCUCUGUUAAUGUGCAAUCUGCUAAUUUAUCGCUCAUGCUCCCCGCAUAAUUUAAAUAAAAUUCAUAUUUUAUGCCUUCACUUGAUAACCAGAAAAAAAUAG